GCUCUCGGAACCCUCUCUCUCGCCGCCCUGCUUUCCUCCCUCUCUCUCUCUCUCUAGUUUAUUUAUGCAGGAAAAGAAAUUAUUACUGGAUUAGUCACGUAACACGUAAAACGAAUGCGUGGAUACCCGUGCAUAAUCCAAAAAAAAAAGAAAAGAGAUUAUUAAUAUCUACCGUCCUACCAAUGAGUCUCCAGCUGUCGCCAGCGCAGUCUUGUUUAAUAUAUGUGCAUUACCUCCUUUGACCCAUCAACCAUAAUUUAAUCCCAAACUAGGUUUUUUUAAUUUGGGUAAAUUCAACGCUGCUGUUUGUUUUAUGGUGAUGGGUCAUUGGAGGUCUUUGCUGUGAUGGUGUGAACAUUUAUAAUUAGAUCUGUUGAUUAAGAGUUACCAUUGCUUUGCAGCUGCAAGUCAUAAUUGGUAGUUCUAUGUUCGGCUCCUCUACCAUGGUCCAAGUUUCCCAACUGGGGUUUUUACAAUGUUGGUAGCAUUGGGUUUACUUCAAGUUGGAAUUUAGGCGCAGCUAUAGGCCACUUGAUUGCAAAUUGCAAAUACCCAGUUGGAAUUUUUUAUUUUUAGUGAAUAAUUAGGUUCUGGGUUGGUGUAAUGAUUGCUAUAUCUUGUAGUAUUGUAUUCUCCAAGUGAACUGUAUUUUAUGGGGUUAUAUAUAAUUUAUAUGUUGUGUUAGACUGUUCUUUCAAUGGCUUAUCUUACCCACCACCGAGCUGAAAAUAACGGCUAUGGCAUCAAUUGGUUUGCAGUGAUACUAAAAUUUAGUUAUUACUGACAAUGACAUUACAAUUUUUAUACACUUUGCCUUUGAUUUUUGUGAAUUUUCAAUGAUAUCAUCCUUUUGUCUUUCAAGUGAGAAAAACAGGACGUGGUUGGAGGACAAUUUGUGUAUAUUUUGCAAGUUGAGGUUGUGGAUGUCUGCUAAACUUGACCAUCACUUCUCCUGUCUUUUCUGUUUGGUGCUAGCAUAAGUCUUCUUUGUAUCUGGCAUCGAAGGAGCCUGCCCCAUAAGCCUCAUUGUCAUGCAAGGUCGAGAAAUCUCUUAUUUAGGACAUUGAACUUCUAGAACAGUGCCAAUCAAUGCUGGUGCCUUCGCUUCUAUAUUUAAGGAAGUUUGUGUUCAGUACCAUCCGUGUUCCUGAGCUUUUAUUUCAGAGUUUCUGAUAUCAAGACAAUGAAAAGCAGGAGAGGAAAGCGUUCUGAGGCUUUCUUGCCUUCCAUUUUGAUGAAGAAAUGGCUAAAUAUUAAGCCAAAGGUGUAUGAUUUUAGCGAGGAUGAGGCUGACACUGAAACUGAGAGUGAGGACGAUGCUUACUCUCUUAAAGAUGAAAGAGUGCACCUGGGCGAGGAUCAUGCCCGUAGAAUGCAAGGGAGCCAAUCCGUAUGCCCAAGUCAAACUUCAGCAACGACAUCAAAGGGCUAUCUAUCGGGACACAGGAGAGGAAUGUCCGAAACCUUUCGUGUUCAGUACAUAAAGAAGAAGGAUGUGAGAGUUACAAUUGGCUCUUGGAAUGUUGCUGGAAGACUUCCAUGUGAGGAUCUUGAGAUUGAUGAGUGGCUUCGUACAGAAGAGCCUGCAGAUGUUUACAUCCUUGGUUUCCAAGAGGUGGUCCCAUUAAAUGCUGGGAACGUACUAGGUGCAGAGGAUAACAGGCCAAUUCCGAAAUGGGAGGCAAUCAUUCGUAGAACCCUGAACAAAUCUUUGGAAUCUGAAACUAAAUACAAAUGCUAUAGUGCCCCACCCUCUCCAGUCUUGAGGACUUCAUCUGCUGCUGAUGUACUCGCUGAUGAGGCUGAUACUACACUAGAGAUGAUGAGCAAAGAUUCUGUUGGAGUUGCUAACGGCUGUGAUUUUGAAAUGUAUGAAUCGAAUGGAAUGAUUGGUGCAGGGAAGAAAUUUUGGUUAAGUAGAAUGUAUGGCAUUGAUGGUUAUGCUAGAUUAGACUGGCCUGAAAAACAUUCAUUGAACAGAACUCCACACAUUAUAUCAUCUGGCUCAAAGUUGCGGAGAGUAUUUAGCAGUUCUGCAAGGGUUGGUUUCGAUUGGAUGGACGACCUUUCGCUUUUCGCUCCUCGAAAUAUUGCAUUGAGUGGUGGUGGAUUGAAAAGAUCACACCAUAGUUCUGGAAAUCUCUGUUUGAUUUCAAGGGAGCAACCAGAAAGGCCUGAAGUACUUGAUUGUCUCUCUGAUGUUUCUGAUAGGUUUUCUGAAGAGGAAAAUGAUUCUUUUUUGGAAAAAUCACAAAAUCAAAAUGACAAAGUUGAUAUUAAACCUAAUGCCAAUUCAUGUCAUAGAUAUGUGCGAAUAGUCAGCAAGCAGAUGGUUGGGAUAUAUGUAUCAGUCUGGGUACGCAGAACAUUGAGGAGGCAUAUCAGCAACUUGAGAGUCUCUCCUGUUGGAGUUGGGAUUAUGGGCUACAUGGGAAACAAGGGAUCUGUUUCUGUUAGCAUGUCUCUUUAUCAGACGCGGCUCUGCUUUGUUUGCUCUCAUCUGACCUCUGGUCACAAGGUUGGGGAUGAACAGAGGCGUAAUUAUGAUGUACAUGAAAUCUUACGGCGCACCCGUUUCUCAUCUGCUUUAGAUGAUGAUCAACCGCAGACAAUUCCUUCUCAUGACCAGAUAUUCUGGUUUGGAGAUUUGAAUUAUCGUCUCAAUAUGUUGGACAAAGAGGUGAGGAAGCUUGUUGCAAGAAAACAAUGGGAUGAGCUUAUUGAUAGUGACCAGCUUAGCAAAGAGCUCCGCAGUGGGCGUGUAUUUGAUGGAUGGAAGGAAGGGGUAAUAAACUUUCCGCCUACGUACAAGUAUGAAAUCAACUCUGAUAGAUAUGUUGGUGAAAACCCAAAAGAAGGGGAGAAGAAGCGAUCCCCAGCCUGGUGUGAUCGUAUCCUAUGGUCAGGAAAAGGCAUAAAACAGCUUUCUUACAACCAGGCAGAACUAAGGCUUUCAGAUCAUCGGCCUGUCAGUUCAGCCUUCUUAGUUGAGAUUGAAGUUUUAGACCCUCAGAAGCUCAAAAGGGCUCUCAAUAUCACUAGCGCAGCAGUACAUCCUGAGAUUUUCCUUGAUGAAGAGGGGGAGUUAGAACUUUAGCAUAUUAGAGGGAGUAAACAUAACUUUGACAUGGAUGGACGACUGGCAACGAAUCUAACAAACAUCCCAGAGGCAGCCCUUGAAGGUCAUUACUUUUGUGCCAACAUGGCUGUGCUGUUUUUGAAGAUGAUUGCAGGGAUUAGAAUUGAUUAGAAGAAACUCAAGUUAAAAUGUCUGGCUUGGGGUUUGUGAGAGCUAUUGUUUUGUCACUGAGCUAUUGCAUGCAAGGUUGAAUGUACAUAUCAAGACAGAAAAUUCUGUUCAAGAGAACAUUGUAACAAUUGUGACGUGCAUAUCAUUUCAAUCUUUCAUUUUUUUUUUUUUUUCUAUUUGUUUUGUUUUGUUUGUUUGUUUGUUUGUUUGUUUUUUGUUUUUUUGUUUUUUUUUUUAACUUUUGGUUGUUGUACCCAAUUUCUAUACCAUUGUAAUAUACACGUUUACCCCUCUAAUACAAAAAUGUUGCAUUAGAUACA